AUGGCUUCGGACGACAAGAAACGGCCGUCGGCUCUGAAGCUGGGCCCCAGCCGGUCCUCCUCGAGCGGCUCGUCGACCGAUUCGCUCAAGCAUCCCCGGACGCCUCGCUUUGCCGAGGCCACCACCGUGCACUCGCCCGUCGAGGGCGUCUCCUUCUUCGCCGAUGUCGAAAAGGGCGUGCGGAUCCAGGCCCAGCCGGCCGACGUCGGCUUCGGCUACAUUGGCAGCGGCGACGGUGGCGAGACGGCCGCUGUGCCCAUGACGCCCCGAUCACCGCUCAAGAGCGCCAUGAAGGUCCCGGGCACGCCUGGCCGGCGCUUCGACAAUCCGCUCAGCCCGACUUUUCGUGAAGAGCAGGUCCUCGAGCGGCACGAGGCCGACACGGAGAAGGAACAGGCCCGCGAUCUUAAAAUCAAGACCCGCGUGCGCAUGGCCAAGUUCGCCCUGCGUGGCGUCAACUUUAGCUGCAGCCUCAUCGUUCUGUCGAUGCUCUCGGCCUCGUUCAGCAUCUUCAACGCGACCAAGACGCUGCCCACCCAGAGCUCCUUUCCGCCGUGGGCCACCGGCACCAACCCGUGGGCGCAAAAGGUCGUGCUCGCGGCCGCCUGCGUGUCCCUGACCGUCAGCAUCCUCGUCCUGGCCAGCUACUGUCGCGGCGGUCACCGGCGCGCCGAAAAGGUUUCCGUCUACUACACCCUCUUCGCCGUCGGCUGGUUCAUCUUCAGCAUGGUCAUGUGGGCCAUCGCGGCCGGCAUUCUGCAGGUCACCCGCAACAGCGGCAACAACAAGGACAUGUGGGGAUGGGCCUGCGUGAACAACCAUCGGUCGCAGAUCUUCUCGGACAAGGUCCACUACGCUCUCGUCUGCCGUCUGCAGAAUUGGUCGCUCAUCUGCAUCAUCAUCGAGAUCGUCGUCGAGGUCAUCAGCAUCUCGCUGUACAGCAUCAUCUUUUACCGCUACUACUCCAAGCGCAAGCUGCACAAGUCCAUGGACAUGCGCGACAAGGCCCGCUCCGACCUGUAUCUGGCCCAGCUGCGGUCCCAGUCAGCCCCCAACACGCCUGGCUUCGGCCCCAAGUCUCCGGCCUUCUCCCAAUACGCCCUGUCACCACGCUUCCCGCCCCAGGCCUACGGCUCUCUCGGCAACGUCCAGGAGGAGGGCCCGUCGCCCUUCACGCCAGGCGGCCGCAAUCUGGUCGAGCCGGUGUCGGCCUUUUCGCGCCCGGCCGUCGCGCCGUCCUCAUCUUUCAGGCUGCAGGCACCGCCCGUCAAGGCGCCAUCUGCCACGCCCAAGCUCGGAAGCGCCGCUUUUGCCGAGUCUGUUGUGCCUGCCGCACCCGUCUACUCUCGGUCGUCGCCGUCGCCGCCACCGGCUGCACAGCAGACCAUCCACGAGCACGGCCCUAUUGCGCCUGGCGAGGUCCAGUACGCAGCAGUCCCCAUCCCCGGCGCCUAUGCCGAUGCGGUUCUGCACAGCCCGCGGUAG